AUGAAUAGUGAUAUGGAGUAUGAAACUCUAGAAUAUCUGAAAACUAAACCCAAUAUUGUUGAUCAAUAUGUAAUGGAAAACUGUAGUGUCGAAAAAGUAAAGCACUGGUAUUAUGAACUUCUUAGAAAGGCAAAUAAACCACAGCGGUCAAAUUUUGUAGAUAUUCAAGUUGAAGGAGUGGAUUGUACAUCAGAAUCACAACCAGUCAUACAAGGCGCAUAUAACUCUUCUUACUCAAAUCAAAAUGUAACGGUUGAAUAUAGUGCAGAUUUGCAAACAUCCGUUUCUCCCCAUUUUCCCUUACAACCUUAUACUUUAAUUCAGUCAGAGUUAUUAAAAGCAACUACAAAGGGUGUUGCAGAUAAAACAUUAAUAUUGUCAGACCUAACGAAAACAAUAAGAGAAAUAAUCUCAGUUGAUGGCGUAAAUCUGUACUUAAAAGAAGAACAAGGUGAAAAUUUUUACCUGCAACCAGAGGACCAGUCUAGACUAGGACGCAGCAGUUCCAUUUAUUCUCAAAGUGUUCAGUCAGGUCAGCCAUUCAAAGGGCAUGCAGCUGAAUCCGGUCGCCUGAUUUCAUGGGAGUUUGCGCCUAAGAAGGCUGCCGAUAAGGUGAUUACAUCUGAGGCAUCAGUUAAUGCCAAUCAUGUUCUUGCUCAUUCUUUCAAGAAUGGCGACGGAGAAACUAUAGGAAUAGUGGAACUCUAUCGUAAAAAUCAAUCCUUUAUUGAAUCAGAGAAACAGCUGGUUGAAAAAUUUGCACACUGGGCAGAACGUCUCUUAAGAAGUAACGAAAAAUUCGUCACACUUCAAAGGACUCAAAUUGUUGAAAACUUUAUAAUGGAAGUUGCAAGAUGCUUAUUUCAACAAGUCAACAAAAUGGAUGAUAUUAUUAAAACAAUUAUGAUACAUGCCAAAAAUCUAGUCAGAGCUGAUCGGGUCACUCUAUUUUUAGCAGACUGGAAGAAAAACCAGUUAUAUUCAAGUAUUAAAGAUAUUGGAAACUUAAAAGAGACUGUAUUUGCAGAAGAUCUAGAUAAUGCAAUAAGAAUUUCAGUUAAUGAGGGGAUAGCUGGUUAUGUUGCAAAGACUGGGGAGUCUAUACGCGUAGAUGAUGUGAGUGGUGAUCCAAGAUUUUGUGAUCGAUUCGAUGUCACCUGUGGGUAUAAAACUAAAUCCCUACUUGCUGUACCAAUAUUCGGUGGAAAAGUCAUUUUAGGUGUAGUUGAACUGCUGAAUAAAGAAGAAGGAUCAUUUACUGAAGAUGAUGAACAAAUUUUUAAAAUGUAUUCAGUUUACUGUGGUCUUGCAUUGAAUAUAGCCAAGAUGUAUGACAAAAUUUAUCGUUCUGACAAGAAAUAUCGAGUUGCACUAGAAGUCUUAUCUUAUCAUAGCUCUAUAAGUGAAGACGAUGUUGUUGAAGCACUCAACAAACCAGUUCCGAAAUCAAUACCAGGAAUAGAUAGUCAUGAUUUCUCCCCAUGGGAUGUUGAAGAAUCACAAGAGAUUGGAACAGUUGUGUAUAUGAUGUAUGAACUCGGGGGAAAACACAUGUUUGAAGAGACAACACUGUAUCGUUUUGCACUUACUGUACGAAAAAAUUAUCGUCCUAUCCUUUAUCAUAAUUGGGAUCACGCUUUUUCAGUAGCUCAUGCAAUGUAUUACAUGCUGAAAGUUGGAGGACCAAAAUUUACACUGAUCGAAAAAGUGUGCUUAUUUGUAGCCUGUCUGUGUCAUGAUUUAGAUCAUCGUGGUAGAGAUAAUCGAUUUAUGAAGAGUUAUUCAACCCCCUUAGCUGCUUUGUAUAGUUCAUCACCAAUGGAACAUCAUCAUUUCAAUAUGACAAUUACAAUAUUACAGCAACGUGGUCAAAAUAUAUUUAAAAAUUUUAAAGAUACACCUUACCAGACAAUACUUGGACUUAUAAAACACUGUAUUCUGGCUACCGAUUUGGCAACAUUUUGGCCAACUCAAGAUAAAUUAGGGGAAAUGUUAAGUUCUGGAAGUGGUAUUGAUUGGUCUCAACCAGCUGAUAGGCUGACUGUAAUGAGUAUUCUAAUGCCUGCAUGUGAUUUAUGUGCCACAUUUAAACCAUGGGAUAUACAAGUUAAAGUGGUAAUGUUAAUUAUGCAAGAAUUCUGGACACAGGGUGAUGAAGAGAAGGCCAUAAAUGGAAAACCGUUAGUUUUAAUGGAUCGAGAUGAAGCAGUUCAAGUAGCAAGUGGACAGGUUGGUUUCAUUCGUGGAGUUUGCUUGCCAUGCUAUAAGACCACUUGUCGUAUCGUACCCAAAGUAAGUGUAAUCAUAAGCGUAGUGGAAGCAAACCUAAACAAAUGGGAAAAAAUCUCAAAACUACCAUAUGAAACAAGGAAAAUUAUCUUGGAUAAGCACAUGCAAAAAACAUUUGCGAAACUGAACAGUAGAAAAAACAGAUGA